AUGGUAUCCGGAAUAGCCGGUCGCACGGCCGUCGCGAUGCCGAACAAUGUGGGUCCUCCUGACAGUGUUACAAGAGACGGUGUCGCUCAGAACGGACGAGUUGAUGGAACGUUGCAGGCUCGACCUUCUCGGCUUGGUGAUUAUGGCGUUUCCUCGAGAUACGGCAGCGAUAGCCAGACCUUGCAACCGGCCACUACCGCACAGGGCAUGUCCGGUCCUAGCAACGUGUGGAGCGGCAACAUAUGGUCGAAAAGUGCGAUAGGAACAGGAUUCGGCUCGACCACCCGCGACAGCUCUCGAUUGCGAGACAACGGCGCGUUCCUAGAUCUCGGAGAUGAGGUGAUCGAGGGCAAGACCGGCUCGGGAUCUCUUCUGGCGUCGUCUGAACAGGAUACGUGGACUCGUCAGCAACCGGCCUGGGCGUCAGACAAUAGCUCUGUGGCUGCCAAGACCAAGGAAUCCGGCAUGUCUUCCGUACGACAUCGCAAUGGCCCAGCUCAGUCUUUCAGUGACCAUAUCCAUGCCGGUGCAAACGUGUUCUCCGCACCAAACCUAUCCAAGUCAAUGAACAAGUAUGCGCUUGAUCCCAUGUCCGGCAAUUUCUCCUCGGUAAAAUACGAGAACGGAGCCGCAGGGUUUGGAUCGUCGGGCAGGUUUGGUGAUAGCGACAGCCACCGGGCAACAGAGGCAAACAUGGGGCCUUGGGGCGACGCCGCGUCCACCCACUCUCCCACGGAAGACCGCCGCAGUACUUCCGGGUACUUCGGAAGGAGUGCUGCUCCAUCUCGCAGUGGCAGCCUGCCACCGUCAAGACAUGGCGCCGAUUCCUCUCAGGCAACCCCCACAUCGAACGCUUACCAAGGGCUAAGUUCUCGUGGACAUUCCGCAGGUCUCUCGGCGCAGAGCAAUGACAGGCCUUUUCAGGACCGAAGUGACUCUGUUCACAGCGAUGCAGCGUCAAUGUUCAGUCGACUCAGUAUCGAUGGAUAUUCUGAGGCAGUGCCAAUGCUCCAGCGGCCAUCAAUGAGUGCCGGCGGAUCUUCCGGACAGUUGAUUCAUAGCUCUAGCGAUUACAGCCGCAUUCGACAAUCAAUAUCAGAUGCGUCGCAUAGCCUCCCAGGUCAUGCGGAUUGCUCGAAUGGCUCUUUCACUCCUGAUGGAUUCCCAUCCGCACAGUAUAGCGAUCAGAUGGUCGCACUCCGCGGUCUUCAGUUUGGCAGCCGAGGUGCCAUGACCCCCGCCGAUUACCGCCAAAGUCCGUAUUAUUCGACCGGUGGUACUCCACCUGGUAUGGCUGGUAUGUACGAGCAAAUGUACCCCUGGAGGAAAAGCAGUGAGCCAUCCGCCCGCCAAUCUGCGAAUGUUAAUCCUGUCCUACUUCAGCAACGGCUUCAGGGACUUGAGGAGCAACAGAGGUUCAUCUCGCCGCAGUAUCAGCCCAUGAUGGCUGCGCAAUUCCGUGGACAGUAUAACCCCUACCAAUACGCAAUGCCAAACGGCCAACCUAUGAGUGGUCUGAACCCUGGAAUACAACUACCUACCAUGCCAACGAUGAUGCCCGCCAUCGAAGCCCCGAAGGCGCCUAGAGACCAUGACUCUGGCAUGGGUGUCCGCAGCGUUUUGUUGGAUGAGUUCCGAUCCAAUGGCAAGACCAGCCGGAGAUAUGAGCUAAAGGACAUCUACGACCAUAUAGUCGAAUUCAGUGGUGAUCAGCACGGAUCUCGGUUCAUUCAGCAGAAGCUCGAAACCGCCAACAGUGAUGAAAAGGAGAGAGUGUUCAAGGAGAUCCAACCCAACUCGAUGCAGCUGAUGACAGAUGUAUUUGGCAAUUACGUCAUCCAGAAGUUCUUUGAGCAUGGCGAUCAGAACCAGAAGAAGACCCUUGCGAACCGCAUGAAAGGCCAAGUCCUCAGCCUAUCCCUGCAAAUGUAUGGUUGCCGGGUCGUGCAGAAGGCUCUCGAGCAUGUCCUUGUCGACCAGCAAGCCAGCAUGAUGAAGGAGCUCGAAAAUCACGUGCUCAAGUGCGUCAAGGAUCAGAACGGCAACCAUGUAAUCCAGAAGGCCAUCGAGCGUGUUCCGGCGGAGCACAUUUCCUUCAUCAUCAAUGCCUUUGUUGGCCAAGUCGCGCACCUCGCGAUACAUCCUUACGGCUGCCGUGUCAUCCAGCGCAUGCUUGAACACUGCGAGGACUCCGCGCGCGGCUCGAUACUGCAGGAGUUGCAUGCCUGCGACUCAUCACUCAUCCACGACCAGUACGGCAAUUACGUUACUCAGCAUCUUAUCGAGCACGGCAGACCAGAAGACCAGGCGAAGAUUUUCGUGUUAAUCAAAGCACAACUACUCCAGUUCUCCAGGCACAAGUUUGCAAGCAAUGUUGUCGAAAAGUGCUUGAUAUUCGGGACUGAUGAGCAACGGCGCGACAUUAUGAUGAUCCUUGCUACCAGGAACGAACGCGGUGAGAGCGCGCUUGUUUCACUUAUCAAGGACGGCUACGGUAACUACGUCAUCCAAAAACUGCUCGACACGCUCAAUGCGACAGACUAUGCUACUUUCAUUGAGUAUCUACAGCCGGAAAUGACGAAGGCGAAGAAAGUCGUCUCUGGGAAGCACGUACAAGCCGUCGAGAAGAAGAUGCAUCGCUUUGAUAGAUUCAGCACAGCAGGCUACAGUCUUCAGCACCACGAUGCUAGCCACGACAUCUCGACGUCUACAACGCCGCCUUUGACGGCGGAUGGCCAGAGUCUGCAGAGCGGCUCUUCGCCUAGUACAGCCAGCAGUGCAGCUGAUGAGCCUGUACACAAGAUUCUCUCGAACCCGCUACCUGCCAUCCCCAGAAUUGCCCUGCAGAACGCUUAA